AUGCUGCCUCCAAAGGAAAUGUCUCCUCCUCCUUCUCCUUCAUUGUCUUCUCCAUCUCCCUCUCCCACACCAUCUCCUCCUUCAGAUGGUGCAUUGGGCAAUGCUGCCAGUGGUGGCUCCAUCCCUCAGGCAACAACUUGCAACCACCCCAUACAGAUCUCAAGAGGCCAUUUCAGCCCCUUCAACCCAACCUUUCAUGAGCAAACCAGAGCCCAAGAAGCACCUCAGGAAAUACCCCUAUACCUGCCUCACCAUGAAGUCCUGGAGCGAGCGGAAUACUGCCUGGUGAGUCCUAUUGAAGAUGGCCUCUCAAGCCCCAGAUCUUGGAGCCCGGGAGUGAGGGGUUCUGAGGGGUGUCAGGACAUAGCAACUUCUUUUGGGGACACUAGAACCAUCCACACAGGCCCACACCCUACUGAAGAAAAGGACAAGUGUUUGACGGACCAACAGCUAUCUUUUAAGGCUGGUGAGAACACCAGAGAAAGGCAUACGAGUCCCAGGACAGGAGAGGGAGGGUCUGAGAUGGCAAGCAAGAAGAAGCCCAGCUUAAAGAAAUUAGUCCUCACAGAGGAGCAAAAGACCAGCUUGCUGGAUUGGAAUAUCCCAACCCCAGUGAACUUGCGGCUUGAUGUUGGAAAGCAGCCUUCCCAGAAAAGUUCUGAUAAUGGUAGAGGUCGUGUUCUGAAACCAGCCCGACCCCUAACACUUCCCCAGGCAACUAGAGAGGCACUAUCAUCCCACAAAGACCCUCCAGAGAAGGUGGGGACCCAAGCUGAACAAUCUGUAGGAGAGCGAAAUGUAGCUCCCCCAAAGUCCCCCCUGCGUUUCCUAACUAAUGUGAUCCGCAGGUCCCUGGAGCCCCUCCUCCCCAACUCUGAAGGUGGUAAGAAGGGCUGGGCCAAGCCCAAAUCAAAAACCUUGAUCACCAACCAGCCCCACACUUGUACUCGCUCAUUCAGCCUACGGAAAACCAAUUACAAUAAAGACUGGGACCAACAGUCCCCAGAGAGGGACAUGACAAGCAAGACCUCCUCCUUCUUCUCCCGGGGAUCCCCCAAGGCUGCCCAGCCCUCAUGCUUGAGCCCUCCUGACCCUGUUCUCCACACCUGUAGUUUGCCCAACCGACCAUCUAAGACCUUUUCUGAUCUUGAGUCCCCACACUACAGCAAGAUGGACGAUGUCCCUACACUCCUGGAGAAAGUGAGUUUGCAAGAGACCUUGACAGAGCCUUCAAACAGAAGAUUCACAUUCUUUUCUUCCCUGAGACUCAAAGACAAAUCUUCUGAGAAUGUCCUCCAAGAAUCUAAACAAACAGUAGACCUCAGGGACAUCUUUACCAGCUGUAAGGGGAAGGCGCUCCCCAUGGACAAUGCCCACACCCUGGAGAAGUUGGUGCAUCCAAACAGUAACACAGACCUGGAGCCAAUGGACCCCUCACCUGCAGCAGACCCAAGGCCCAGCCACAUCCCCAUUGGCGCACAGGGGGCAGAGGCUGUCUCCUCCCUCUCUUCUACCACCUCCUCCUCUGCAGAUGAAGAAUUCAAUCCCCAGCCUUCCUUACGCUCAAAGGAAAGGAAGACACUUAAAAGAAGAAAGAAACUGGAAAGAGCAACAAAGCAACUAAUCAAGCAAGAAGAAUUGAAAAGACUUUAUAAAGCUCAGGCCAUUCAGAGGCAGCUGGAGGAGGUGGAGGAGCAGCAGAGGGCAUAUGAGAUCCAAGGCGUGAAGCUGGAGAAGGCACUGAGAGGAGAAGCAGAUUCAGGCACACACGACGAAGCACAGCUUUUGCAGGAAUGGUUUAAGCUGGUUCUGGAGAAGAAUAAAUUAACGCGAUAUGAGUCGGAGCUGCUGAUCACGGCCCAAGAGCUAGAAUUAGAAGAUCAUCAAAGCCGACUGGAGCAGAAGUUAAGAGAGAAAAUGCUCAAGGAGGAGAGCCAGAAAGAUGAGAAUGACCGAAAUGAGGAGCAGGAAAUACUCAACAAGAUGAUGCAAGUGAUUGAGCAGAGGGACAAACUCGUGGACUCCUUAGAGGAACAACGCGUCAAAGAAAAAGCUGAGGACCAGCACUUCGAAAGCUUCAUGUUCCCCAGGGGCUACCAGCUGAGCAGGACUUGA